UCGUGCACCCACCCCAUUCUUCGCGCUCACACCUCAUUCUUGGUGCUGCUCAUGCCCUAGGCCGUCUCUGCCAGUCAUGGAGACUCCACAGUUAGUCACCCGUCCAUGGUGCGCAUGCAGCGAGGUGGAGCCCGGUCAAGUGCGUGAAGAGCAGCGGCCGCGUGAGGUAGAAGCAUAAAACAAGACCAACAGUCGUCCGAGGCCUUGCUUCCGCCCACUUGCUUCCCUUCACCCUCGAAGUGCACUCCUUCCGUUUUGUUCUGUUCUCUGCCGACUUGGGUGGAGAUCUCGUUCGUGAAGAUUCAGCAUCCAUGGUCAACCUCCUUGUCACCCCAUGGCGGAAAGCAGACGCAUCGGCAAAAGAGACACACACCGCGCCAGCCGCCUCGACAGAUGAGAAGAGAACCCAACAGCCGCGCAGAUGGAACUUAGGAAUCCUGAGCGACCCACAGACGGAUGAGGUGCCUGGCUCUGUCAUCCUCCUCUCUCGAACCCACAACCGCAACGAACCGCUGGGACUGCAACACGCGCACGCACGAACCUCUGCCUCAUCCCUACCCUCUGUUUACGGUUCCACAAGAAGCGCCUCUCGUGGCUCCCCCCAGCCGUCACGCUCGCAUUCCCGCGUCCCCGAUCCCGAUAAGAAGCGCACCAAAGAUGGGAGGUUUAUUCUAGACCCGCAGCCUGAAGAGUCCGCCAAUGACCCCCUCAAUUGGCGGCAGGUGCGCCGCGAUCUCGCCCUGGUCUCACUCGGCUUCUACUGCAUGAUCGGCGGGGGCAUGACACCGCUACUAGCUGCGGGCUUUAACGAUGUGGCGAAGACGUAUCACGUGAGCAUCCCACAGGUCGCGUUGACGACUGGAUUGUAUAUGCUGGGCUUGGGGCUAGGGAGCGUUGUCGCGUCGCCCACGGCUAUACUUUGGGGCAAACGACCCGUCUACUUGGGCGCUAUCAUCCUCUUCACGCUCUCGUCCAUCUGGUGCGCCGUGUCGCCCAACUACGCCUCGCUGGUUGUUGCUCGCAUCGUUCAGGGCUUCGCAGUUUCACCCGUCGAAUGUCUACCGAGUGCUACUAUUGCCGAGAUCUUCUUCCUUCACGAGCGGGCAUACCGCCUUGGCAUCUACACGCUGCUCUUGCUGGGCGGGAAGAACCUCAUCCCUCUAGUCAGCGCCGUUAUAGUUCAGUCGCUAGGCUGGAGAUGGGUCUUUUGGAUCACGGCCAUAGUGGUUGGGUUUUGCUUCUUCCUCAUAUUCUUCUUUGUACCCGAGACGUUCUGGGAUAGAACGCCCAGUCCACACAAGCAUCACCACCUCCAUUUCCACCUCCCCUCACGGCAUGCGAAGAAGUCAACAGACGCCCUAGAGGCGCAGACACAAGUCCCCAACCGGGCGACGUCGAUGCCUAUAUCCCCAUUAGAGCAUGCUACCAAGCGUACAAAACCCGCCCAUGUUGGUUUUGCCGACGAUCAAGAGACUAGUGCGACUGUUUCUCGACGUGUCGACCUCGCUGAUGUAGAGCGAGAUGCGCGUGGCUAUCCCACUUCUGGAUCGGGUAUCAGUGUUCAUUCCACCCCGGCAGAAACGACACGACACGACUACUUCCCUUCGACGACCCACAACGUCGCUCCAGAUCCAGAGAAAGCAGACAGUCGCCCUGACAGCCGAAACCCGUCUUCCAUGCCAGAAGACCCGCAAGCCGGUGCCGACCACGUCUCUGAUCAAUUUUCCAUUCACUACACCGACUACUACCGCUGCGCCCCACCAAAGUCCUACCGUCAAUCCCUCAAACCCUGGAAUGGCCGCCUCGUAAAGGACAAAUGGUUCCGCGUCAUGAUCCGACCUUUCAUUCUGUUCGCCUACCCAGCCGUACUCUGGUCAUCACUUGUCUAUUCGCUUGCAGUGGGCUGGCUGAUCGUGCUCUCCGAGUCUGUUUCGCAUAUCUAUAGGGACGAAUCAUAUCAUUUCACCCCUCUCCAAGUUGGCCUCGUUUACAUAUCGCCAUUUGUUGGUGGCGUGCUGGGUACAGCUGUUGCGGGCAAGGUUUCAGACCUAGUGGUGCGCUUCAUGGCGCGCAAGAACGAUGGUGUGUAUGAGCCAGAAUUCCGGCUGUUGAUGGCGGUGCCGAUUACGAUCAGUACGGUAAUUGGGUUAAUGGGGUUCGGCUGGAGUGCUGAAGAAAGAGAUCGAUGGAUCAUACCUACAGUGUUCUUCGGCGUGAUUAGUUUUGGGUGCUCGCUUGCCAGCACGACUGCGAUUACGUUCGUGGUCGACAGUUAUCGAGUCUAUGCCGGGGAGGCGCUUGUGACGCUGAACUUUUCCAAGAACGUCUUCCAUGGCUUCGUCUUUUCGCUAUUUUUCCCGCAUUGGCUCGAGUCUAGUGGAUCUAAGAACACAUUCCUCGCACUUGGAGGCAUUCAGCUAGCGUGUAUGUUGCUCUCCAUACCCAUGUAUGUCUAUGGGAAGCGGGCGCGCAUGUGGACUGUGCGAAUGAACUUUAUGGAAAAAUUCUAAACAUGAGCGAGGGACACGUGCGAAUAGUACAUUGCUUGCGCAUUUACAUCCCCGUUACAGAUGUCAAUUUAAGAUUGUUUGCAAGUCAUACUCAAAAUGCUAACCUAAUUUUAACUCCCC